AUGGCUGCUGGAUCCAAAAAAGGCAAGAGACAAAAAGCUUUGGCGUCCACUGGAGGAAGAAGCGUUCAAGCCGCGUGUGACUGGCUCUUCUCCCACGUGGGCGACCCCUUCCUGGAUGACCCGCUGCCCCGGGAGUACGUACUGUACCUGCGCCCCACGGGCCCCUUGGCCCAGAAGCUCUCCGACUUCUGGCAGCAGUCGAAGCAGAUCUGCGGGAAGAACAAGGCGCACAACAUCUUCCCCCACAUCACCCUCUGCCAGUUCUUCAUGUGCGAGGACAGCAAAGCAGAUGCCCUGGGGGAGGCCCUGCAGGCCACCGUCAGCCGCUGGAGGGGCAAGUUCUCGGUGCCGCUGCCCCUGGAGCUCUACACCUCCUCCAACUUCAUCGGGCUCUUCGUGGAGGAGGCCAGCGCCGAUGUCCUCAAGAAGUUCGCCGCCGACUUCGCUGCUGAGGCUGCAUCCAAAACCGAAGUGCACGUGGAGCCUCAUAAGAAGCAGCUGCACGUGACCCUGGCUUACCACUUCCAGGCCAACCACCUGCCCACCCUGGAGAAGCUGGCCCAGAGCAUCGAUGUCAAGCUGGGGUGCGACUGGCUGGCAGCCAUAUUCUCUCGGGACAUCCGCUUCGCUAACCAUGAGACCUUGCAGGUGAUCUACCCCUACACCCCCCAGAAUGACGACGAGCUGGAGCUGGUCCCGGGGGACUUCAUCUUCAUGUCUCCCGUGGAGCAGGCCAGCACCAGCGAGGGCUGGGUCUACGGCACCUCCCUGACCACCGGUGGCUCCGGGCUCCUGCCCGAGAACUACAUCACCAAGGCCGACGAGUGCAGCACCUGGGUGUUCCACAGUUCUUACUCCAUCUUAAAUGCAUCGUCUUCCAACGCACUCCCAUUCGGUGACGGCAUAUUGGACAGGCGGUCUUACGAGGACCAGGGCCUGGGGGAGAUGGCGCCCCUCACCAUCGUCUGCCCGCCCUCGCAGCCUCUGAGGGCAGGUAGCCAGCCUGGCCCCCAGAAGAGAUGCCUCUUCGUGUGUCGGCACGGCGAGAGGAUGGAUGUCGUCUUUGGGAAGUACUGGCUAUCCCAGUGCUUUGAUGCCAAAGGCCGCUACGUUCGCACCAACCUGAACAUGCCUCAGAGCUUACCUCAGCGGAGCGGUGGCUUCCGGGAUUACGAGAAGGAUGCUCCAAUCACUGUGUUUGGGUGUAUGCAAGCAAGACUGGUGGGUGAAGCCUUAUUGGAAAGUAACACCACAAUUGACCAUAUCUAUUGUUCCCCAUCCCUGCGCUGUGUUCAGACUGCACACAACAUCUUGAAAGGUUUACAACAAGAAAAUCACUUGAAGAUCCGUGUGGAGCCUGGCUUAUUUGAGUGGACAAAAUGGGUCGCUGGGAACACAUUACCUGCCUGGAUACCUCCGUCAGAGCUGGCGGCAGCCAACCUGAGUGUUGAUACAACCUACAGGUAACCCUGACGCUGCUGCUUCCUGAGCCCAACGUGCAAGUACUUUCUACAGCAGCCUGCUCCUUAGGGAGAUGAAGGACAGGACAGAGCCCACGGGCAGUUAUCCACAUUGCUGGCGGCCAGGCCGUGAUAUCAAACACCCAAACUGGAGGAAGCCAGAGCCCUCCUGUAUUCAGCUUCCUGUAGAUUAUAUCCCCCCACGCACAGUGGAUUUUCCUGACUGUAUUCUACUCUUUCAGGAAAUAAUAAAGCCACUUUGUGUCCCAGGGCCAGGCACCAGCCAAUGAGGAGACAAGCUUCUAUCUCCCAGAAGCUUGUUGGGAGAUAAGGGAAGUGACCAUGUCUUAAAUUGUCAUAUUUAAUUUUUCAAAACAUUUUUUAUU